CUACGCAACCCAACGAGUGGGGUUAAAACGCCCCAAAUUCCGUUCAACUAGGAAUACAAGUAGCGCUUGUCGGGGAAUAAGCCUGGAGCCUGUUUUGAUUAGGCCCGGAAUAUAACUGUACAGAGGAACACGUAAAAUUAUCCGCAAGAAGGCAUCGCUGCAACUUUACGCAGGCACAAGGGGGAUCCUUGUGGAUGUGUACAGGAGAAUUACUUUGACCGAUACCUGACACAGCACGCAAAACGUCUGGAUCAGCGGGUAAGUGUGAGUAUGGAGCAGUGUGAGAGUGCGGCCUCACUCCUGGCCUCCGUGCGGGAGCAGGAGGUGCAGUUUGAGCGCCUGACUCGGGCUCUGGAGGAGGAGAGGAGGCGAGUCGGACACUCCAGCCCCCUUCCCCGCUCCCUCCCCAGUCCACAGAACGGCCGCGUUGUUGGUGAUGUGGACAUCGAGAGACUGAAACUGAGCGACUCUUACAUCAACGGAACACAGUACAGGAUGUUGGACCCGGGGCAUGUUGUGGAGGAGACUUACACUGUGGAAGAGGACCCACAGGAGGCCCCCUCUGUCGUCUCCGUGGAGACCGGCGAGGAUGGAACCACGCGUCGUACAGAAACCACGGUGAAGAAGGUGGUGAAGACGGUCACCACGCGCACGGUCAUUCCCUCAGUGUCUGACACGCUGUCCCUGGAUGGGGGCGGCUCCGUCACGGGAGGGGGCGGUUACGCCGCCACCCUCGACCGCGUCUACAGACAGGGGGGAGGAGACUACCCCACCGCCACGGUGCCCCGAAACUACCACUACGGCCCCUCGGCGGGCUACGACGACUACAGGACGGGCCCUCCCCCGGAACCCUAUGCCAGCUUGAGCAGGGGGGCGCGCAUGGACGAGCGAUACAGGCCGGUGGACGGGUACCGCACGCUGGACUCGGGGUACCGGGCCCCCAGCCGGCAGCAGCUGGACCCGUACGCCGCGCAGCCGCAGGUGCGCAUGGGCAGCGCCAUGGAGCUGUCGGCCAUGCAGCGAUUCGUCCCCGAGCCGUACGGCCUGGAGGACGACCAGCGCAGCCUGGGCUACGACGACAUGGACUACAGCAUGGGCCCGCCCCCCAUGCACCCGGGGUACGGCACCGUGCCCCGGCUGGCCACCGGGGGGGGCGGCCUGGACCGCCGCAGACUCAGGAGCUGUGAGGACACUUUGGAUGGGGACCUGGGUGGGGGAGACCCCUACUGCUGGGGCGCCCCCAUGACUCAGAUGGAGAGGGGCAGCAUGGCCUCGCUGGACAGCACCCUGCGGAAGGGGGGCCCCCAAACGGCCUGGAGGCAGCCGGAGCUGCCCGAGGUCAUCGCCAUGCUCAACUACCGCCUGGACCCAGUGAAGAGCAACGCCGCCGCCUUCCUGCAGCACCUUACCUUCAAAAACGACAAGGUGAAAUCGGAGGUGCGCCGUCUGAAGGGGAUCCCCAUCCUGGUCUCCCUGCUGGACAACCCCAAAAAGGAGGUGCACCACGCGGCCUGCGGGGCGCUGAAGAACAUCUCCUACGGCCGCGACCCCGACAACAAGAUCGCCAUCAAGAACUGUGACGGCGUGCCGGCGCUGGUGCGGCUUCUGAGGAAGACCUACAACCCCGAGCUCAUCGACACCAUCUCCGGCACCUUGUGGAACCUGUCCUCUCACGACGCGGUGAAGAUGGAGAUCGUGGACCACGCCCUGCAUGCGCUGGUGGAUGAGGUGAUGGUGCCGCUGUCUGGCUGGGAUGCGGAGAGAGGCGGAGGAGGGGGAGGAGGAGAUGAGAGCUGCAAGCCAAAACAUUUGGAACGGGAGACGGCCCUCACCAACACUGCAGGCUGCCUGAGGAACGUGAGCUCUGAGCGCAGCGAGGCCAGGAGGAAGCUGAGGGAAUGCACGGGAUUGGUCGACUCGCUCAUGUACAUCGUCCAAGCGCAGAUCGACCGCAAAGACGUGGACAACAAGCUGGUAGAGAACUGCAUGUGUCUGCUGAGGAAUCUGUCCUAUCAGGUUCACCGGGAGGUGCCAGGGUGUGAACGCUACCAGGACGCCCUGACCCCAAACCAGGGCCAAGCCCCCAGCUCUGCAAACAAGGGUGGCUGCUUUGGUUCACGCAAGGGCAAAGACGAGUGGUUUUCCAAAGGAAAGAAAGACGGAGACGAGGCAUCGGCAGACUUGAUUGAUAUUCCAAAGAGGACGACGCCCGCGAAAGGCUACGAGCUGCUCUUCCAGCCAGAGGUGGUGCACAUCUACACCUCCCUGCUAAAGGAGAGCAAGAACCCCUCAGUCCUGGAGGCGGCGGCGGGGGCCAUUCAGAACCUGUGCGCAGGCCGCUGGACUUACGGGAAGUAUGUGCGUGCCAUGGUGCGGGUGGAGAAAGGCCUGCCCAUGAUGGCGGAGCUGCUGGCUCACGGUAACGACCGUGUGGUGAGGGCCAUGUCUGGGGCAAUGCGGAACUUGGCCAUCGACGCCAGGAACCGGGAUCUCCUCGGGAAGCACGCGGUGCCCCACCUGGUGGCCAACCUGCCGGGCGGGGGGCAGCAGCAGCCGGCGCGGGCGCUGUCGGAGGAGACGGUGGUGUCGGUGCUCAGCACGCUGGCCGAGGUGCUGGGCUCCGGUGUAGAGGCGGCCAAGACGCUGCGCGCCUCACAGGGCAUCGAGAGGCUGGUGCUCAUCAACAAGGACGGGAACCGGUCGGACCGCGAGGUGCGGGGGGCGGGGCAGGUGCUGCAGAUCGUCUGGGGCCACAAGGAGCUGCGGCGCACGCUGGAGAAGGACGGCUGGAAGAAGAGCGACUUCGCGGUCAACCUCAACCCCCCCGCCGGCAGCACCCGCGACAACGGCGGCUACGAGGACAGCACCCUGCCCCUCAUCGACAGAGGAGGGAAGAGUGAUCGAGACCGAGACAUGAUUCCGCUGAACGACAUGGGUCCCGAUGCAUACUCCACACUGGAUAAGCGAGAGAGGAGACACACCCUGGACAACUCUCUCGACAUGUCAGACAGGGACGCUGUACAGGCUGGCUUGUAUGGGAACAGAAAGGGCUCGUUGCCGUUGGUGGACUCUUACGACGAAAAACUGAUUGUCUGCAUUACUGGAGGAGAGCACCCUAUUCCCUCUUUCUGUCACUGAGUUUGGGACAGACAACGAAAAAUCCUGGAGAUCCCUCCCUUCCACCCCCCCUCCCCCUCCC